AUGGUCAAGGCCGUCCGGGGCGUUCUCGUGGAGUGCGAGCCCGCCAUCAAGUCGAUCCUCGUGCACAUCGACAGCACCCAUCACCACGAAUUCAUCAUUGAAGACCUGGACGAGACGCAUCUCUUUGUCAAAGAGGCCAUGUUGCAGGUGUUGAAGUCGAAGCUUGAGGAGCGCCUCCGGGAGACGUAUCGGCCGGAGGAGCCGUUAGAGGAUAGUGAGUAG